AAGUCUGCCCCCUGCUCUCGAUCUGUCCUUCCCUCCCUUAUUAAUUCUCGCUCCUUUUUCUUCUUCUCAAAUCGAUGUACUAGAAGGCGAUCCCUUUCCUCUCUCUUCUUCCCUUUAUCCUUCUUGUUCUCGGCCAAAUACCUAGUUUGGAUUCCUUCUCCACCAUCGCCGAGGGGAGAUCGGUCGUCCGGGGCCCGAAACUAGGGUUUCCGGGUUCGAAUCAGCUGACUUUUUGCCUGCGGUGAGGUGUUCCUCGCAGAAAGAUCUCGCGGUCUACGAUUUUAACGAAGAGGAGGAGGCCGUGGAGGCGGAGUCCGGAAAGUUCUCGGCGAGGAUCCAGUCCAAGUUGAAGGAAGCAGAAACCAAGUAUCAGUUCCUUGAGGCAUUCCACUCAAGCUUGAAUUUAAGGCGAACAGAUGUGACCAGUGCUUAUAUGGAUUUGUGUGAAAGAGAUAAUGCCCGGGAGUCAUGUAUCAUAGAUACACCACAAAAAAAUCUGGCUGCUUCUGAUGAGAAAAUUGAGUUCGAUGAAUUUAUUGCAUCCUCAACAAGUUAUGAAGACAAUGGUCAUAUACUCACAGAUGAAAACGAACCUGAGAUUCUUACAGGAACGGAUCCUCUUAUAAUUAGAACUUCUGGUCUUGUAGUACCUUCUGUAGGCGACAAACAAUUCUCAGAGUCUUCAUCCGAUGGAACAACAGUUGAUGUGAUUUCAGAUGAUGAAGGUAGCUGGGUGUCGGCAUCUGAUUCUCCAUCAGCAACACAUUCUGAUGUCGAGAGUGAAGGUUACUUAGAACACCGAGUCUCAGAUAAUUGUUACAGUGCAUGUGCAGAUACGGUGGAUGACAACAUGGCUGUCAUAGUUUUCCCUGAUUAUGUUAUAUAUAAGAACAUGCUGUGUGGAGACUCUCGGUUAACCUUCUUCACAGAUUGCAUUAAGAUUGAGUGUUCGGAUGUCAGUGGAAAUGGAAAAUUUGUUUUAGAAUGUGCAAUUGCUGAUAUCAUUUAUAUUCAUCGCCAGUGGAGUGGAAGUGUUGAAGCUGCUUUGGUUAAACUUUGUUUUAAAGCAACUGAUGCUAAUGGAAAUGAAAAACCUCACAAUGAUGGUGAAUUGAAGAUAAUAUUUGCCAUUGCUGAUACACAUUGGUUUGAAAAGGAGCAGAAAAUCAGGAAUCUGGCAGAAAGAUAUGGAGAUAUUUGGAACGCUCUUCCUAAUGAUGAUCUGGUGGGGGGAGACGACACCUUGGUCCCUGAUAUGUUGUUUUCAAGGCAAUGCUUUACUGAAAAUUAUGGUUUUUUUGCUCACAAAAAGAAUUAUGGACUUCUCAGAAUUGUGGAGCCCUUUGAAGAUGUUAUCUACCCUAAAGGAGAUCCUGAUGCUGUCUCUAUAAGUAAAAGAGACAUUGAGCUGUUACAACCAGAAACUUUUGUCAAUGACACAAUUAUUGACUUUUAUAUCAAAUAUUUGAAGAACAAGAUUGAACCUAAUGAGAAGCAUAGGUUCCAUUUCUUCAACAGUUUUUUCUUCCGUAAACUAGCGGACAUGGACAAGGAUCCAGGCAGUGCUUCGGAAGGCAGAGCAGCUUUCCUUCGUGUUCGUAAAUGGACACGGAAAGUAAAUAUAUUUGAGAAGGAUUACAUUUUCAUACCAGUUAACUUCAAUUUGCACUGGAGUUUGCUUGUUAUUUGUCAUCCUGGAGAAGCAGCAACUUUAAAAGAUGAUGACAUAAAGGAGUCUUCUAAAGUGCCCUGUAUAUUGCAUAUGGAUUCCAUUAAGGGCAGUCAUAGUGGUCUCAAGAAUAUUAUUCAAAGUUACCUAUGGGAGGAAUGGAAGGAAAGACAUCCAGAAGCAUCUGAAGAUAAUUCAUCAAAGUUCUCAAAUUUAAGAUAUGUCUCACUUGAGUUGCCACAACAGGAGAAUUCAUUUGAUUGCGGCCUUUUCUUACUUCAUUUUGUGGAAUUGUUUCUGGAAGAAGCUCCAGCAAAUUUCAGCCCUUUCAAAAUCACAAAGUUUUCCAGUUUUCUUGGUGCUGAUUGGUUUUCGCCCGUUGAGGCUUAUCUUAAGCGUUUUAUCAUUUGGAAGCUGAUAUAUGAUCUUCUCAAGGUCCCCUCUCAAAAAGUUAUGCCAACAACAUGUACCAAUGGACAUUUCUCUGGGUUUCCUGAAAUUGAGGCUGAUCCCGUCAUAGAAUUUCUUCCUGUGCAAUGCCAUCCAGCCAAGCCAGCAGUUGGUGAUUCAAUAACUCCUGCUACUGACAGAGGAAAUGAAAAUGAUGUUGAGCAAGUACGAGCAGUAGAAUUUCUUCCCCAGCCGUGCAGUCCGGCUAAGCCAGUACUUUCUUAUUCAUGCGGACCUGCUUCUGACAGAGUAAUUCAAAUUGAACUGUCAAAUACAUCUUCUGAUGUCACUCAAUGUGAUAAAAAUGUGGGACUGGUUGUGCGAGAACUUCUUGGACCAGGAGCAACUGCAGGGUUUUAUCCUGAGGUCCCAGAAAAUGCUUGUCAACAGGAUGAACCGUUUGAGAAACUUGCAUCUACAGCAUGUCGGGUAGUGGAACAUGUGGAUAAGAGUCUGCAUUUUGUUUCCUCAAGCCUAGACAACGAUGCUUGCCAACCACCAGGUGGAAUCUCCAAUUCCCAGAUUUGUUCGACUUCGUAUUCCCCUGAGGUUGUGGGAGUGCAUGAUACAUUACAGAGCUCUAUGCAAGAAAAGGAAGCAAAUGUUACAUCACUUGAGUCUUUUAACAUGGACCAAACAGUUUCUGAUUGGAACCAUGAAGCAGGAGAACCAGAGUCUGUCUCGCCCAAGAACAAAGGAUAUGUUCCAGAUAGCCCUUCUCUUUCUUCUGAGAAGCAACUGGAUGGUUUUGUCGAGGAUUCUCAGAAAACAGAUACUGUUAAUGUGAAGAAUGAGGAUCAUCAAAAUUCCCAGGUAAUUGAUUCCAUGGAGGAUGGUGGGGAUGGUGGAGAUUGUAAGGAAGUUAAAAAAUCUGAGGCCAGGGUUGGGGAUAGUAUAACUGAAGCAGAGGAUGGAGAUUGUGAUAAUUGCCAGAAACAGGAUGCUACAAGGGCAGAUGGGGAAGAGGGCCAAAACAAUGCUGUUACUGAAGCAGAUGGCAUGGAUGGUGAUUGCGAGAAUGUUGUUACCACUGAAGCAGAGAGUGGGUUAUGCGGUGGUCCUUGCGAAGAGAAUCUUCCUCCCAUGUACUGUCAAGAUAUCGUAAUAGCUGAUGAUGAGAGUUCAUUAGAUGACGACGAUGAUGAGAAGCUAACUGCAAAGAGAUUAGAACAGCAACCUUGCAAACGUCAGAAGGUUAUGCUCCCUGAAGGCAGAAGGCGCACCCGAAGCUUCACAAGAGACUGCCCUUGAAUGGCUCUCCGAUAAUUGGUCAUUUUUGCUUGAUUAAUGCACCUUGUAAAUUUUUCUGUGACAUACUAGCUGUCUGUAUACGGUCAGAUAGGAUAUGGGGUGUUUAUAGGGGUGUCUUUCGGUAUCUCCCCUCUUUACCUGCAUUGGUGAUUUUGUUAGCUAGCUGCAUCAUUAAAUAACCAAUUGAGGUGUCCUUGCCUUUCACAAUGAAUUAUUCUCCUAUAGUCACUGUUUAGCAAUUCUUGUGCUCUUCACGAGACAUUGUGUCAAGAGUAGGGGAACAUACAGAGCAGCUAUUAAUUCAAGCAUAUUAUGGGUUGAGUUGAUAGCAUCUAGGCUGCAGCCUCAUGCAUUUGGUCGAUACUUGAAACUGAGCCCCUCCUUAAGGCCUUUUGAGAAAAUAGCAAUUCUGGCUUCAAAGUCUUCCUUUCUAACCGUGGAAGUGUGGAACUUUCAAUUGAGCUCUUUUUAUUUGAUUCAUGGUCUGAUCGGUGAAUCUGUUAAAAAAGAUGCAUCCUCUCACAAAAGAGCAAGAUGGUUGUGUAUUUUUGGCUUGUCGCAGCUUCCAUGAGCUCGCAUGGGUACACUACAUUAUUAGACUCGUUUCCGCGUGGCCAAAUGAAGCUCUGAUAAACUGUGCACCUAAUUGUUCAAUUUCUUGAGUGUUGCUCAUGUGAUUGGGAAUUAUUGAUGUUGUUUCCAAACUGAUGGGAUAUUUAAAAAAUCAUGUUGUUAUGAUCUAGUUAAGUCUA